AUGGAGUUGCUAGGACGUUAUUGGUGGUGGCCGGUGGUGUUAGUUUCUGUCCAUUUUGGUAUGAAUGGGUGCUUUGGUUGUUGGGAGCAAGAGAGAAUUGCUCUCUUGCAAUUCGAAGCUUCCAUCGUCAACUAUGCUAGUGAAUAUUAUUUUCCUCAUUGGGACUUAGGCAACAAAGAAAGUGAUUGCUGUGAGUGGGAAAGAGUCAAGUGCAACAUCACUACUGGCCGUGUAAUCCAACUUACUCUUAAUAAUACAAUGUCUUGGAGAUUUUGGAGUGGGGGAGGUUGGUACUUUAAUGCCUCUUUGUUUCUUCCCUUUGAAGAGCUCCAAUACCUCGAUUUGAGUUAUAAUUGGAUUCGUGGAUGGGUCUCAAAUGAAGGUUUUGAAAGAUUUUCUGUGUUGAGUAAGCUGGAGGUGCUUCACUUGGAUGGUAAUGGUUUCAAUGACAACAUUCUUUCAUCCUUGAGUGGAAUUGCUUCCCUCAAGGAACUAUAUUUGGGGGCCAACGAUUUUAAUGGAUCAAUCCAUGGAUUUAAAGCAUUUAGCAACUUGGAGAAGCUCUACCUGAAUGACAAUAAGAUCAACGACUUGGUGGCGACAAAAGAUUCAAAUAUCUUAAGUAAGCUGCAACUCCUAGACUUGAGUCAGAACAACUGUAGUGCAAGAAUUGUUGGGUCAUCAGUUGCCUUCCCGUCAUUGAAGACAUUAUAUCUCACACGUAACAAUUUGGAGGGAUCGUUUACUACUAAAGAGUUACGUGCACUAAACAACCUAGAGGAGCUGUAUGUGGAUGGUUCAUCCAUUGAUGAAAGCUUUGUUAGUAAAGUUGGUGUUAUGACUUCUCUCAAAGUAUUGAAAAUGGCGUCCUGUGGAUUGAAUGGAAGCUUAUCUGCCUCAGGCUUGUGUGAACUGAGGAACCUCCGAGAGAUAAGCCUCACCAACAAUCAUUUUGAAGGGAUAUUGCCUUCAUGUAUGGCAAACUGGAUAUCACUUCAAUUAUUGGAUCUCUCUAACAAUCACUUCAGUGGGAAUGUCCAACCCCAAUUAUCUGAUUUGAAAUCACUUGAGUUCCUUUCCUUGUCAAAUAAUGCAUUCUUGAACCCAAUCACCUUCUCCUCCUUUUCUAACCUCUCGAAUCUCAAGUUCCUCAUAAGUGAUCACAUCAAAAUUGCUUCCGAAACAAACUCUCAUACUAGGGUUCCAACCUUCCAAUUAAGGUUUUUCAGUUUGUCAUGGUGUUCAUUUAAUGGACUCAAUACAACGCUUCCCACAUUCCUUCAUUACCAAUACGAUUUGCGAGCAAUUAAUAUUUCCGACAACAAUUUGAAGGGGAAGUUCCCCACUUGGUUGUUAGAGAACAAUACAAGAUUAGAGAUUUUUAUUUUAAGAAAUAACUCUUUCACAGGGUUUUUCCUGGUGCCGGAUCAUCUCCAUCCCAUCAUUACGGUGAUAGAUAUUUCAAGUAAUUGCUUACAAGGACCAAUUCCUACCAACUUGGGUUUGAUUUUUCCAAAUUUGGAGUAUUUAAACAUGGCUGAAAAUUCAUUUCAAGGUAGUAUUCCUUCUUCUUUUGGGAAUUGGGUUUCCUUAUGGCAUUUAGACUUGUCUAAAAAUAAUUUAUCAGGAACAAUGCCAGUGCAUUUCACAUUGGGCUGCUACUCCUUACAAGUUCUCAAAUUGUCAAAUAAUAAUUUCUAUGGCCAAAUAUUUCCUACCAAUUUUAAUUUGACUAAGCUGUCACAUUUAUAUUUGGACAACAAUCACUUCUCAGGAAAGAUCCCAAAUAGCAUCUCACUGAUGAUUUAUGGUGCCACAAUUGAUUUUAGAAAUAACAAUCUGUCAGGCAAGCUUCCAAUGUGGAUGGGAAACAUGUCAUCUUUAGUGGCAAUUAUUUUGGCCAACAAUCAACUGGAAGGUCCUAUUCCAAUUGAGUUAUGCAAACUCGUUAAUCUUAGAUUUUUUGACCUUUCCAAGAACAAUUUGUCUGGCCUUGUUCCAUCUUGCUUCAAUUCAUCAGCAAUCCAGUUUUUUCAUCUAAAUGAAAAUUCGUUGAGUGGCCCAAUUCCAAGUGUGUUCCCAAACAACUCUAAUCUGAUUGCAUUAAAUCUUCGAGAUAACUACCUAAGUGGAAACAUUCCCGAUUGGAUUGGCAGUGUCUCAUCAUUGAGCAUUCUCCUUUUGGGAAAAAAUCAUUUGGAAGGUAGGAUUCCAAUUCAACUAUGCCUUCUGCAAAACAUAAACUUGUUGGAUCUUUCCUCCAAUAAAAUUUCCGGUCCAAUUCCCCACUGUUUAAGUAACCUUACAUUUAAUGUAUCAGCUGAUGAACAGAAUAUAGGAGGUCUCUUUUACGUGGACUUUGCAUACCCAAAGAGUCCAACAUGGGCAUAUCUGCUUGAAGCACCAGAAAUUCAUACUUGGGCACAUGUGGGUUUGAUAGAAGAAGUGGAGUUCACAACAAAGAGUAGAACUUACUCCUACAAGGGAGACAUUCUCAACUACUUGUUUGGAAUUGACCUGUCGAGCAACAUGUUAGCAGGUGAAAUCCCACCCCAACUCGGAAGGAUAAGCAACGUCCAUGCAAUAAAUUUGUCACACAACUAUCUAACCGGACAAAUCCCUAUAACAUUCUCAAACCUGAAGCAGAUGGAGAGUUUGGAUCUUUCCUACAAUAAUUUGAAUGGUAAAAUCCCCCCUCAAUUGACUGAAUUGACUUCUUUAGAAGUCUUUAGUGUAGCACAUAACAACUUAUCAGGUCCAUUGCCAGACAGAAAAAAUCAAUUUGGGACUUUUGAUGAAAACAGUUAUGAAGAGAACCCUCUCCUAUGUGGACCUCCAUUGCAUAAAGAUUGCACCAAAAUUGGACCACUAUCUUUAAUGCCAGUGGAUCAUAUGGAGGAAAAAAGUGGGAGUUUCAUGGACAUCAGUGUCUUCUAUAUAAGCUUUGUGGUGGCUUACAUAAUAGUGUUGUUGGGAAUUGUUACAGUUCUCUACAUAAAUCCUUAUUGGCGUAAAGCAUGGUUUAACCUUAUUGAAGAGUGCAUUGACACUUGCUACUGUUUUGUUGUGGUUUAUUACCAUAAGUUGUUCAAUUUCAGGCUUGCAUAGCCUUAGUUACAAAUGAGUACAUGCAUGUGUCUAUUCUUGUUGGAUUCAUGUUCUUCAAAGUUUGUAUUUUCUGUGUAAUUUUAAUGGACUAAGCUUUUGUUUUUGCAUUUCUGAUUUAAUUUAAUACUGGUUGCA